UGCACCAAAAAAAGGAAACAGAAGGUUCAGUUUUCUGCAUAUAAACUGUAUAUAUAUAUAAAUUCAUACAUACAUACAUACAUAUAGAUAUUAGAAGCUUGUUCUUUUUUUUUUUCUAUGGAGAAAAUGGAAUUGUCACCAAUGAGAAAUAUGGCUAAACAGAAGCCAGAAAAGCCAAGAAGAACUAAAAGGGUGUGGAGAUUGAAGCUCAACGUUACAUGGCAGCGUAUGAAGAAGACCUUGAAAUCUGGUCUGAGGAACCGUCUUCGUGUUCAUCUUGCUUCCAAUCUUAACAAGCUCCCGACCUUGAAAAUCAACCACCAUGAUCUUGCCAUCAUUAGGCCGAUCCAACACGUGAUGAAAAAGAAGAAGCCGAUCCGUCCCACGAUGCCGUUGGAGAAGCUCAUUCAGUUGCCGUACACAGCGGCUGAUUUCGUCGACCGAGGGGAUGCUAUGACGCCUACUAAGUCACCUGUCGAGAAUAUAUCCACGAGAUGGCGUGAGCUUCACGGUUUGCAUAACUGGGAGGGGCUUAUUGAGCCACUCCAUCCUUGGUUGAGACGGGAGGUUGUCAAGUACGGAGAGUUCGUCGAGGCGACUUACGAUGCUUUUGAUUUCGAUCCAUUAUCGGAGUUUUGUGGAAGCUGUAGGUACAACCCGAAUAAACUGUUUGAAGAACUAGGACUUACUAAACAUGGUUACAAGGUUACCAAGUACAUUUAUGCUAUGUCCCAUGUCGAUGUUCCCGAAUGGUUCGAGAGGUCACAUUGUACUUGGAGCAAGGAUUCGAACUGGAUGGGGUACGUUGCGGUUAGUGGUGAUGCUGAAACCACGAGAAUAGGGAGGCGAGAUAUCCUCGUGGCUUGGCGGGGCACGGUGGCUCCAACCGAGUGGUAUAGUGACUUAAAAACAAGCCUGCAAUGUCUUGGCAAGACCAAUAUCAAGGUCCAAAGUGGAUUCCUCGGCGUCUACUGCUCCAAAGGUGAGUUCACUAGGUACAACAAGUUGAGUGCAUCCGAACAAGUCAUGGAAGAAAUCCGAAGGCUCAUAACGUUUUUCCGAGACAGAGGCGAGGAAGUGAGCUUAACGCUCUGUGGCCAUAGUCUCGGGGGUGCCUUGGCACUCCUCAAUGCCUACGACGCCGCAACUUACUUCCCUGACCUCUUCAUCAGCGUCAUCUCCUACGCUGCACCGAGAGUUGGGAACAUACACUUCAAAGAAAAGCUCAAUGAACUAGGAGUCAAGACGCUAAGAAUUGUCGUCAAGCAAGAUAUAGUCCCAAAAUUACCAGGAUUCAUACUCAACACCAUUCUCAACAAAUUCACUGCUAUCACCGGGAGAUUGAAAUGGAUUUACAGGCACGUGGGCACACAAUUAAAGCUCAACAUGCUCCAUUCCCCCUAUUUAAGACGUGAUCCUGAUUAUACAGGGUGUCAUAACUUGGAGAUAUACCUCCAUUUGUUAGAUGGAUAUGUUAGCAAGACAUCAAAGUUCCGUUGGAACGCGAGACGAGACGUUGCCUUGGUGAACAAGUCAACUAAUAUGCUGAUAACGGAAUUAAAAAUCCCGGAGUGUUGGUACGAAAGACCAUUCAAGGGCCUUGUGCUGAACCAAUACGGAAGAUGGGUUAAACCAGGAAGACAAGCUGAGCACAUUCCUUCCCCACUUAGCAUUGAAUCCUGCCAAGAGCCGCCUCCAUUUUAAAUACAAAUGUUGAUUUGAGACUGAUACAAAUUUUGAGGGUUUUUUUUUUCUUCUUUUCUUUUCUGUUGAUAUUCAUCCAAGAUUCAUUAAUGUGUUUAACAAUGAGAUUUGAAUUCAUAGUAUAGUUAAAAAUAACUGAUAUAAAAUUUGAGCAAUAUAAUGUGCAAUAUUCGCCUUUUUUC